AUGGUUAUUAAAAAAAAUAAUUAGCAUGGUCAGAGUCAACUUAGCAAGUACUGAAAAAGUGAAAAAUUAAGACAACAAAAUAAAUACAAAUGAGUGAAAAAUUGUGUGAAUAACGAUUUAUUGUAGCAGAUGAAUUAGUGAGAAAUAUGGAGGUUUGGGAGCUUGAUGAACAUUGUGUUGCAUGCUUAAAAUCUAAUAAAGGGAACCUAUGCAGAUGAGGAGAUGAUGAGAUUUAUAAGACGCCGAGCAUAUCCAGUUUCUUUCAGUUUUAGAGCAACAUUUUCACACACAGAAUGAGCAAAAGUUCCAAUUCAGACACAUUUUCAAAACUUCAACCAAAGAUUUCUUUCCAUCAGUCCUUCACUUUAAUUGUAGGGCUCAGUUUUUCUUGAUUCACAUUCAUUCAAAAACUCAAUUUGUAGGCAGAGAACUCGUUAAAGUAUUUUAUGGGUUAUUUUAUAACUACUUAAACAAAGAUUUAAGUUUUACAAAAAUGACUCCACUGUUCUCACCUUAUUUUGUCUUUACAGGAGAAGAGACAGGCGAUGAAGACCCAGCGGUCCUUCCUGAUCCCAUUCUAACGUGUUCCGCAAGCGAGCAUGAGGACGCAGGCAGGAGAACCGUGGCCACCCCGCGGGACCCAUCACCGCACAAGCGGCGGCGUGUUGACCAGGCUUGCGCCAAACCGCGACGCGCCAGAACAGCGUUCACAUACGAGCAGCUGGUGGCUCUGGAGAACAAGUUCCGCACUACUCGGUACCUGUCCGUGUGCGAAAGACUGAACCUGGCUCUGUCCCUGAGUUUGACCGAAACGCAGGUGAAAAUCUGGUUCCAGAACAGGAGGACCAAGUGGAAAAAACAGAACCCUGGGGCGGACAGCACUUUACAGACCAGCUCCAGCUCCCUGGUCAGUGUCAGUCCAAACCCACCAUCCUGCAGCUCAGGUUCCGGCGCCUUCCACCAAACUUUCUCCAACUUCAGCUCUGGGAGUGUGAUUUUCCACACAGCCGGUGGUGUUCCGCUUUCAUCCACUGGGGGGCUCUUGCAUCCCUUUAUGCCAAGUGGAUUCGUUCAACCUUACUUUAACUGACAUAAAAUAAAUGAAUCUGACUCAAACUUUGAGCCAAAUCAAUUUUUAAAUCUUUUUUUUUUGUGAAAAUAUUUUCAGUACUGAAAAUAUUCAUUGUUCAUGCUAUAUUAACUUUUUAAGGUUUCAUUGAUGUACAGCUAGUUUACACAUUUAUCCAGAGUUUUGAAAUGUGUUAAUUAACGAUUUCAUUAGAUGAAAAUCAUGAUGAUGUAUUUGAGUUGAAAUAUGAACAAAUCUUUAGUCCUUAGUUCUCACAAAAGCCUCUCUGUCUGUAGCUGCUAACAAAUCCCCCUUCUUGUGUUUUAUUGCUCCAACUGUGGCAUAUCUGUCUAUAUUUUGAAAACUGACAUGUUCCACCUGUAUGAUUAAG